AUGGCUCCAACAAAGGUCCUUGUUACUGGUGCAACUGGCUACAUCGGCGGCUCCGUCCUCACCCGCCUCCUCAAAUCAACCCACCCCGACAUCAAAAACCUGACAUAUACCGUGCUGGUGCGAAAGCCUGAGCAUGCAGAGUACUUCAAGUCCCAGGGCAUGACGCCCGUCCUGUUCGAGAACCUCGAUCAGGUCGAUCUUCUCAAGAAACAGGCGUCUGAGCAUGACAUUGUGAUCAAUUCGGCCAGCGCAUUCAGACCGCUGGCAGCUAAGGCGUUGAUCGAAGGAUUGGCGGAGAGGAAGAAGACUACUGGAGGUCCAGUCUGGUUCAUCCAUACCUCCGGCACUUCUAGCCUCGGCAACCGUCCCGUCAGCAAAAUCUACACGGAAGAAGACGCCCCCUUUGAAUUCAAUGACAAGACCCAGGACAUUUACGCCUACGAGCUCAAGCGCGAAGAGCACGAGCCAUACCCCCAGCGUACAUGCGACGUGACCGUCGUCCAAGCAGGCGAAGAGUUCAACGUGCCGACCUACAUCCUCAUGCACCCGACCAUCUACGGCACCGGCAGGGGACCCUUCAACAAGCGCUCCGUGCAGAUUCCGUUUCUGGCGAAAAGGGCUCUGAAGAAGGGCUAUGCGGAGUACAUCGGCGAAGGUAAAGGAGUGUGGGACCACGUUCACAUCGACGACACGACAAAGAUGUACGAGUUACUUCUAGAGAAGUUGUUCUCGAAUGCCACUGUGCCCUCUGGAAGACGAGGCAUCUACUUUGGUGGUAAUGGACGUCACUCGUGGAAGCAGGCCUCCGAGGGCGUGGCCAAGGCUGGCUUCGCGGCGGGCGUGCUGAAAGACAAGGAGGCGCGGUCGAUUGGGCUGGCGGAGUUGGCGAGGGAGACGCCGGGGGCGGUUGAGCAGUUUCUGGAGCUGGGGUAUGCGUCGAGGUCGGUUACGAAUGGGGACUUGUCGAGGGAGGUGCUGGGGUGGGUUCCGGAGGUUGGGGAGGAGGCGUGGGAGAAGGGGUUUGCGGAGGAGAUUGAGGCGGCUGUGAAGGGGAGUGAGUGA